AUGCUUCACGGUCACGAGGUUCAGCAUGGUGUUGUGCAUGGCUUUGACGUCCUGGUCGAGCGCGGCGGACGCAUUGUCAGCGGCAGUCUGCCUGCCUGUGAUGUGAUGUUGCACGAGCUCAACGGCCUGCAUGGUGUCUCAGGCAGGUUUGAUGUCGUGUGCGAGCACAACGGCCUUCCUAUGGUGCUGCACAAGCGCUCACGGAGUCACGUACCUACUAACUUAAUUUUUUAUCAGGUCUUUGUCUUCGUGACCGCUGAGUAUGAAAACUCCAAGAACUCCCUGAACCAGGUUUCAUUAUGGGACCGUAUAAUACCUGACAAAGACCACGCGAACGUACAAGUGGAGGUGAAGAGCAAGUAUCCUCUCAUUGACCAGGGGACUAGUCUGCGGGGGAAGAAAGUCCAGCUUGUUCUCCACUGGCACAUCAUGCCGAACGCUGGCAGGAUGAUGCGAGGCAAGAUGCCCCUCUCCGAGUUCAAUCUGCCGGAUACCUAUACUUCCUGAAUACAAAUGAUUCAUUCCUCUGCCCCAUCUU